UUUAUGAUCACGUCAUUUCGAGCAGUUUCGAGUAGCUUCCACGAUCCGUUGUCCUGCGCGGGAUAAACUGGAAACGGCAUUUACGACGGCAAGUUCUUUGUUUGGACAUCGAUGACGUGACGUCGACUCGACAACAGCUCGACAAAUAAUAAUAAAAAAAAGUAUCGGUUAAUUUUGAACAUUGAGUAACAAUCUGGUGCUUUAUACUGUUAGAAAAUGGGCGAGAGUUUUAAAAAUGGUUUGGAGGUGGCCAUACACUCCAAACUUGAUCCACUGUCAACGGAUUGUCAUUUUUCAGCGAAUUUGAGACUGGAUAUCAACGAGUUCCCAAACAACUGUGAAGACAUGCCUGUACCUGUCUCCCUUGAAAAGCUGAAAAAGCUAACUUGUGGAAUUUCUAAAGGAAAUAAUAAACCAGACCAAACAGACAGAUCCAAACACUUGUUGAAGUCAAAAAAAUUGUGGCCAAUUAUGGGACAAGAACUGUUAACAGAAUAUGGAUUCACUGCUCUUGCUGAAAAGUAUUCUGAGACUUUGCCAGCAUUAACCAACAAAAUGUUACGUCUAAUGGGUCUGGACCCUUUAGUGUUCAAAGUGAAAUCAACCUUAGAUUGUGUCAUCAUUUGUGGAACUGGUCACUCUCACGACAACUGGUCAGGCAAUCUUAAGUGGUCCUUUGUUGAAGAAAAAGCUAAAGGACCAUUUAUGAAAAUGGUAUUACAAAUCCCAGUUGAAGGUGGCCACGAAGGAGGUCGAAGCAAAGUGGAACUCAAUGAUCAAGUUCGUUUGUAUAAUGUUUGCGAUGGAAGUGAUCGUAAUUACUACCUGACUACUUUUUACUCGGAUUGUGAGCAUAUUUACGAAGAGGUCAAGUUUGGCUACCGAUUGACCAUGCAAUUCGAGUUGGAACUCGAAACGACCCCUCUCCUGUCCUCCCUGUCGCCGUCUGUGGAUCUCAACACCUUUCUAGCCGUCAACGAUGUUCAAAAGACUCUUGCCCACUGGGCCCCAAUGGAGAAUUACCAGCCUAGUAUGCUGGUCCUACUCCUCGAGCAUCGCUACGCCCCGUCUGAGCUCAAUUUUGGCCGCCUGAAAGGUAAAGAUCGCCUUCUGGCUCAGCUCCUUCUCUCCGUUAGCACUGUCGACAUGUAUCUGGCCCAAUUACCGAAAACUUUCUUCGGACCGUUUAACGAGACUCCCUCGGAAGAGGAGAGCGUGGAAACCGACGAGGAGAAUUCGGAGACGCAGCGUCCCAUUGCCAACUGUUUGUGCUGCGUACAAAAACGUUGCAAAUGUCUACGGCAAGAAACACAGACAAUCUUUGACGUUGUCUAUCGCGUAAUUGGAGUCUAUGUCGAGAUUGCGAGCCUGACCUGUUUCGACGGUCGAAUCGUCGAAUGCAGACCACCCCUAAAGGUCGAUAUCUAUGCGAAUGUCAUCCCUUUCAAUCACAGUCUCUACACGCUCCAAUGUAAUUGCCUGAAAAUGGAUGGCGACAGUCUCGACCCGAGUAACUUGCGCUAUGUAUUCCAUCCUCGAUCUGUGCUUGUGAUUAGCCCCAAAAAUUCAUUGGCCCUGAUGCUCAGUUGCAAUUUCACUGUUGAGCUGGACCAACUGGAGGCCAACCAGAACAUCAGAGCCUUGAAUCGAGUGAUAACAUUCUGCCUGGAUUUUCCAGACAAAUUUUGGCUGGAGGCCGUCGACCUGGAAGAGAGAACACGGCGUCUGGUGUCCAUCUGCCUUCAAUUCGAUACCCAAUACAGCGGAGUGAGGUUACUGCGUAGGUUGGCCUACAACUUCCUCGGACAGUACGGAGGGUUAAGGAGCAAAGCGAUUGCCAUCGGAGUGGCCCGUCUGAUUAAAAAGGUUGGAUUUACCGUUUCGCUUUCGAAUUUUAUGAGCCAUCUCGUCUCUGAGCAUCGGGCCUUGGAGCAAAUUGAAAAUUUCGCCCACUUGGUCAUGGAACUUUAUAACGUCGACUUGAAAGACGUUGCAGAAAACAUUGGCAGCAAAUGUGUCACUUUUCUCUACUCCAAGUCUAAAAAUGUGAUGCCCAGCUUGUCCGUCUCCACCCUCGUCACCUGUGCCGCCAUGGUCUUCCGCAUGUACGAGGAGAAUCCCCAGGUCAGAGGCUUGGUAACGCUGCAUACAUUGAUUACAUUCGGCGAUGGCCUUGAGUUGCUUCCUCUGCCUAUGCUCUUCUUCGUCAUCGAUGGAAUCCAGACGACUUGCCGAUCCCAACUUGACAACAUCCAAGAAUGCCAGAAAGUGCAACAGGGUCUGCACAGGAAGCUGCUCUCCUACUUUAUCCCGGAAGCUUUGGCUGAAGAGGUCAUGUUCUUUUACCUCAAACUGGACGACGCGAUUUUACUCAAGAAAAUUACUCAAGAACUUGUUAACCAGAGCAACUUUGACGCCAUCAAAAUGAUUGUCGCUUCUGCCGACGUCUGGUACCAGGCCUUGACCACCAUGGGCGGGAAAUGGGCGCUCAACUUGCUGGUCUCUACUCGCAUCAAUCAUCUCGAGGGGAUGCGCCUGCCCGUGUUCAGCUGGAUCCAGGGUACCGCCGUUUUUGAUGAUGUCCCGCCGUUGAAGAAGUUUUUUCAUUCCUCUGAGGCCAGAGCAACUUUCCCCGGAUUCCACAGCCAACAAGCGGCGGAGACUUGGUGCGAGAAAUACUUUGGUCCCAAUCAGCUGGACGACGGAUACAGCGCCAAAACGAAAAUCAAAGGAGAAGGCGCGAAAUUUCAAUGCGUCGUCAACAAGACUCGCGAUUUGCAUCGGAAUCACGUCGAGUUGUUUAACGAAUCGCGUACCGAAUUGCUGGAGCUUCAGGAUCGACGACUCCGCCUACUCCCGGCCGAAGAAUGCGAAUCCAAAGUCAUCAAUGUCAUCACAACAUCUCAGCAGAACGAUCCAGUUUCAUCUGAAUCUACCUCCUGCGUCUCAUCUCUUCCGCCUUCCAAACGAAUCCGCCGUAGUUGUAGAGAUAGGAAAUGAAUUCAAAUCUCUUCUUAUCUCGUCAAUUCGAAUCGGUAAAAACUUUUCAAUAUGAAUUAACAUUUCAUGUUUGAAUUUUUCUUUUUUUCUUUCUAUUCGGAAAGUUGGUUGAAAAAUAUCUUGUGUUUCUUGUGUCUAAUUGUUUCAUUUCGUUUAAUUUGGUGUUAAUGAGAACCCAGUUGCUAUUCUUGGUUUGAAAAGUCGCGAAUUAUUGUUUUUUUUUUAUCGCGCCUUAGCGGAAAUUGUUCUAAAAUUUUCUUUUUUUCGGGAAUACAGAAAACUUUUCUACA